CAUUUCAGAAUCCAUGGAACUAGCUAAGCUGGAGAGUGAGUAGAACCGGUUGAAAUUCAUCUCGCAAAACAAAAGGGUAACCCUACAAACCCUAAUUCUUAUAUACUGGAUUUCGAAUCAUAACCCUAAUACAUAUACAUAUAUACAUGUAUAUUGGCAGGAUGAGAUUUUUCCUUGUUCUGUAAUGGCAUCAAUUUGGACUCUCCAACUUCACACCGUUUCUUUUCCGCGUCGAUUUCCCCCAAAUGUACUGGAAAUUAGAACCUUAUUGGGGUUCAAUUGUGGUUAUCUGAAUCGGAAUCGAAGGAAGACAUGUCGAAAGUUUGUUUUGAGAGCCUCAAGCGAUUCGGUGAGUUCUGGUGCCGACAAGCGAGUAGAAGAUGAAGUGGUCAUCGAGACGAAGAGAGAUAAACUGGUGGGCUUUAAAAAUCGGGUUGAAAGAUUGCAGCAAACAAUUGGCUCUCUUCCUCAUAUAAUUUUGGUGAAGAAAAGUCAUUCUGGAACUAGUUUUGCAAUUGGGAUAUGUGUCUUGGCAACUAUGUUGGCUAUUGCAGUGAGAGUUCAUGCCUUGAGGAAAUCAAGGUCCAAUCGUCCAGGAACGGUAGCUGAUCUUGUGAGGCGUGGCCAGCUGAGAUCCGAUAGAAGAGGCAUUUCUACACCUCUCAAGUACGAAGACCCAUUCAACAACCCAAUGGUGAAGGUUGGUAAGAGUAAUUCCACUGUCGAAAUGUGUGGGAAGGUUUAUCGCUUAGUGCCAGUGACUCUUACAAAGGAGCAACAAGCUAUACAUCAAAAAAGAAGAUCACGUGCAUAUCAGUGGAAAAGACCAACAUUAUUUCUUAGAGAAGGUGAUUCAGUACCCCCUGAUGUGGACCUUGAUACAAUUAGGUGGAUUCCUGCAAAUCAUCCUUUUGCGACUACUGCAAGUGAUAUUGAUGAAGAUUUGGCACAAAACAAUGUGUAUCAAAAGCAUGGUGUUCCAUUCCGUAUUCAGGCUGAGCAUGAGGCACUGCAGAAAAAGCUUGAAGCUCUACAGAAUGAGCAGAAAUUCAACAAAUUAUUUAUUGAUCCUGGUGCUGUCAAAGAGUUUGAAAGACCAUUUAAGUCGAAUUUGAGGCCAGACGAGCAUGUAGAACCGAGCCCAUCUAAUGGUGAUGUUGGCUCUAAGCCUUCCAAAUCAGAUCAUGCUCCUAGUUCCUUUAAAAGCAGCAAUUCAACCUAUGAGGAAACGCAGAAACCCUAAGCUACAAUUGAUUUUCAGUAAUAUUCUCUGUACCUGCAAAAUCAAAUGACUCUGAUGUUUUGACUUUUGCCAAAGACAAAUCCUGCAUUCCAUUUGAGAUUGACUCCUGUUUUUUCAAUCCCACUGCCACCAUAAUCUUGUUGAAAUAGCUACGGUUGGACUGUAAAUAGGAUUUUGUGUUUUAUACAUUUAAGCAGAAUUUGUGGAUUUCUUUAUUGCAGAUUCCAUUGUAUAUUUGUGGAGAAAGUGUUUAUGUGCAACACUUGGUUCAACUCCAUUUUUCUGACAAA